AUGUCUGCCGUCAAGUUUGAAUAUCCGACCUAUAAGCUGUUCGAGCCUCAGUAUCAUCCCCAGAGGCCAAUAAUCGUCGAUACCGACGCGUUAGAGUCCCCCGAGACGGUGAUUCUUAGGUACGAGGAAGAGGCAGCCGCUAGAGCGAACGGAGGAGACCUUCGUGGGGAUUCCCCGCCUGGUCUCCUGUCUAUGUCCACGUAUUCGAAACCACAGCCGCCCCAGAUGCAUGCGUUUGACUCGUCGAGAUCGUAUCAAGAUCCUCACUACCAAUAUUCUGCUCAGCAAUUUGCUACCCAGCAACCUGAAAAUGCUGCUGCACAACUCAACCAGAUGGCCUUCGCGGCAAACGGCUCCGCCGGCCAGUACAUGACGCCAAUCGUAGCGACGCUGAUCUCAUACCAACCGACAGCGGGCAUAUUUGGAACUAAGGUCUUGAUCAAGAUAUCGGCUCCGUACGAUCUGAUCGCGAUCACGAGUCAUUUCUACCUCGCGUUUGGUUCCCACAAGAGUCCAGCACACGCUGUUAGGGAUACAAGUGAUGCGAGCGGCUUUGGUUAUGCAGUCAGCGGAGACGCACCGCAGCUUGAAGACACGAGGAGUCCCAGUCCCAACGUGCCUUUAUCACUCCUGAUCGAGAGCGCAGCCGGGCAGACAUUGGCUACUAUUGAUGUCGGCACGUUCACUUAUCAUGACACUGCAGCCGGGAGUGCAGAUGGCCCGCCUGAGGAUGUCACGCGGGCGAAAAGGGGGUCCAGAUCACCUGAACAGAGGGAAGUCCCUACCAAACAACAAGAACAAGACCAUAUGGGAACCGAAUCUGCUACAAAUACAUACGGCUAUGCUCCCACUGCACCACAGACCGUCGCGUCCAACUAUGACACGAGCUACUCAAAUAACGACAAUAUGAUCGGGACUUACCAUCGUUCGUCCUACGCAAUCGACUAUCCUCGUCCGCCGCCGCUGAAAACUCCUUCGUGGAACUCAUAUGGCCAUUCCAUCUCGGCACGAAGUCCUAUUACCGGCGUAAACCAUACAACUAUUAGUCGACCGAGAGUAGCGUCCGGGCCGACAGGGGGUGGACAGCUUAACCCGUACGCUCUCUACUCGACUAAGGCGGUGUUAAAGAUAAAUGGAGAUCUCGAAUCGAUGGUAUCAGGAUGGACUCAGGACGAAUGGGAAGAUCGAAGGCGGAUAGUCAUGUUCAGCAAGAAGCAGCAAGGCUCAACCCUUUCGACAUCAUUCAAGGCUGUACCAGUCAACGAGCGACCGCAGAAUGGAAUUUUCGUUUACCGUAGAAGAGAAAAAUCGUAUCGGCGAAACCUAGAAGGGUUCCGUCCCCUGACAGUUAGCAAGGCCAAACCAGAGACCGAGGAGUUUUUUAAGAUCAUAAUGGGCUACUCGGUUGUGAAACCGCGUAAUAUUGAGAAGGAUGUGAAAGUGUUUCCCUGGAAGAUUUUAAGCUCCGCACUUAAGAAGAUCAUCUCUAAAUAUUCUGCGUCACCUUCAUCUACGGUACCCCCUGGACCGGGGCCGACUUUACUCACACCUGAGUACCCUCGACAUGGGCCGCGUAUCCCGGAAGAACAAUAUCCCCUAGCAUCAAGUCCCACUCUCCUCAGGGCAUCCACAUCCCUAGCCUUGCUCCUUCAUACAGACACCACGCAGAUACGAGACCGCAGCAACACUUACCGGCGCCGCCAAGCUACGGUAUGGCUCCCCAGACGCAGCGCUGGGACCCUAUUUCUGUUUCGAGCGGCUACGGCGAUACCUCAACAGCAGCUUCUGCCUACACGACGAGUCACCAGCAUCACCAAAGUCAUGUGUACGGCACUGGAGCAUACGGUGAUGUCAGCCACCGGGAAUAGCGGCGUGACUACCGCCGCCAGGGAUGAAGUUGGUGUGACGCCGGACGCGUCCCGCGAGAGAGACGAGGGACGAGGGUUGCAGGAUGGCCCAUCCAUUCUUCUACUAUCAGGGAAUCAAAACAAGAUCAACCGCAAUCUAGAGCGCGGAAUCUAG